AUGCUGAGGACCGCCAUCUCGCUGCCAGUCUUUGGGCUGCUGCUGUUCCGACUCGUGAAAGCGCUACCUAUGGACCGAUACGACGAAGCUGGCGCGCAUUCAUCACACCGACCAGCCGCCUGGGCGCUCGACUUUUCGACGCCACCUGCCGACAUGGAACCGGCCGACUUUGAGAUCCUCCGUGCGCUCUCCGCUGAUUUCUCGUCACCCGAUCCCACUGCUUCACACGACGAGAGCCAAGGUAGCAACAAUCUGCCUCGUCCUGGCUCGACGGCUUCCCUUGUGGACACGGACAACGCCAUCGCGCGUCACAAAGCCACCACAUCCAUCGUCCGCGGCCGCAUCGGCCAUCCAGAGCCAUACACCCUCACCUUGCUCCCCUACUACGCGCCCUUCCGAGACCACCACCGGAGCCUCACGCACGACGACUCGCCGCAAAUCCCAUCGCGCAUCGUCAACGCUUUUGGCGGCAAACUCCGAUGGUUCCCCGCCACUACCUCGCGCGAAACCCUCGUGCCGCACAACUGGCACAACCGGUCGCCGUACAACCUCUACAGCCGCCGUCUACCCAUCGCGAUCCACAAGGACGGAGAGAGGCUCUCGGUGCAUAUGACGCAACACAACGUUCCGCCCCGAACCGCCGGCUUGACCCAAGGAACUGAGUUUUGGCGCAAGCCGUACUAUGGGUUCUGGGGGUUGCCGGAGAAGCCGGAGGGUGACCUUCUGCCCAUCGUCUUUUACGGACUGGGCACGCUGGAGACGCAGGAUAACGAGGCGGUGGAUCGACAUUUGGCACCGCUGAUCCAAGAGCUGGAGGGGAAGGCCAAGGUGUGA